AUGGAACCGAAUGGUGUUGCUAGCUACCGUCAUCGGCGGUCACCUUCUUCCGACAGGUUCCUCGGUGUGUUCUCGCCGCCUUCAUCUUCCGGCGUCAUCUCUGGUGGAUCGUCUGCUGCAGGAGACGAUUUCAGUGAAGAUGACGUGUUCUGGACAGGGGAUUUCGCCGAACAGAAGCGCCAACCGGGAGAUCCGGUCAAGGGAAACAACUGGAACCCUACCGGUAACCAUCAGCCGUUCCGGCAUCAGGAUAAGUUCGGCAUUCUGGCUGCAUUGCCGGAGGAUAACGGCCGUAAACCUAACAAUCGCCCUGUUCUGAACCGAAGAAACCCUACUAUCUCUUCUCCAACGACCCCUGCUCCAUCAUCCUCGCGGUUAAUUCCCUCGAUUCCAAGGCCUAAUAAGCUAGAUAGAGAUAUGUCGCAGUCUAUGCCGCUGAAGUUUCAACAAUCGGCUCCGGUGAAUGUUCCGAUGUUCGCGAGGAAGCCAAGGACCGGCGGCGAACUUGCUGACGUUGACAUCGGAGAGGAUGACGAAGAAGAAAUGCUUCCGCCGCACGAGAUCGUAGCGAGAGGUUCAUCCAAGUCGCCGCAUACGACUUUUUCAGUUCUGGAAGGCGCUGGAAGAACGCUGAAAGGGAGGGAUCUGCGAUUAGUUCGUAAUGCCGUGUGGCGAAAAACAGGUUUCCUUGACUGA